CCGCACUGUGGGCGGGGCCCGCCGUGCCCCUCGGGCUCGUCACCAUGGGCAGCAAGAUGGCGGCCGCCACCAGGGCAGUUCAGGUAGUCAAGCCCCAUACUCCAUUAAUUAAGUUCCCUGACAGAAAAAGUGGUCCCAGACCUAAAAUUUCAGUACAGGAAUCUCUACAGCCAAGUGUGACAUCUCUCCAUGCUUCAAAAGCACAGGAGUCUGUAGGAGGCAGAUCACCAGCAUUUCAAAAUAUUUCACCUGUUAGUAGAGUACAAGGUACACCAGACACUUCUGAAUUAGCGAGAACCUUACCUCAGAAAUACAGAAGGAAACAAAUGUCAGAUGAAGAGAUUGAAUAUAUUCAACGUGGAGGUCCAGAAUAAGCGUAGAAGAUAGUUUGCUGGCCACUGCUGAAGAAUGAAGUAUUAUAUUCACAAUAAAGGCAUUUCCUUAAUACUAAAAAUUAUUGUAUACUAAUAGCUUUAAUAAAAACCCAUAUGAGGGUGACACAACACAUGAGAUA